CUGUUUUCAUCUCAAAUUCAUCACGUGGAAGUUAGGAGAGCUUGUGUCUUGUUCAUGAGGCAACACCAGCAUAACUUUGAAUCUUACGUGGAAGGAUCAUUUGAGAAAUACCUUGAACGACUAGGAGAUCCAAAGGAAAGUGCUGGCCAGCUGGAAAUGAGUGCAUUAUCAGUGAUGUACAAGCGAGACUUUAUUCUGUACCGGUACCCUGGAAAGCCAGCCACUUACGCUACAGACAAUGGCUUUGAAGACAAGAUUUUACUGUGUUGUUCCGGCAAUGGCCAUUAUGACUCUGUGUAUACAAAACAAUUCCAGGAAAAUGCUUCUGUUUGCCAGGCUGUAUUAUAUGAGAUCCUGUACAAAGAUGUGUUUGGCAUGGAUGAGGAAGAAUUAAGGUCUGCAGUUGAGGUGUUUCGAAGUGGAUCCAAGAAGAACAGAAACAGUGUCUCUGUAGGAAGUGAGGAUGCAAACUUUGAUUGUCUUCAUGAAAAAGUAUCCAGAAAUCCAUCAGAAAAGAGGGGUGGGUGUUGGAAUAAGCAAAAUGUACCACUUGAUGGCACCAUGUUCAAACCAGGCAUUGAAGAAGAAAAGCCUCCAGAAAAUCCAUCAAAGAUGCCUGUUCCUUAUAAAGUGUUAAAGGCACUGGACCCUGAGAUCUAUCGAAAUGUGGAGUUUGAUGUUUGGUUGGACAGCAGAAAAGAGCUUCAAAAAAUUGACUACAUGGUGUUUGCUGGGAGACAGUACUAUUUAGGAGACAAGUGCCAGGUACGGCUGGAGCCUGGAGGUAAGUAUUACAAUGCUCAUAUCCAGGAAGUCGGACAGGAUGGCAACACGUUGACUGUAUUCGUGGAGGAGCUGGCGGAAAAGCACACAGUUCCUUUGGCAAACUUAAAACCGGUGACACAAGUGGCACCUGUCCUUGCUUGGAAUAUGGUUCCCAGUCGGAAAGGAGGAGCCUAUCAGAAAAUAACAGGUGGAUACUUCUCAGGAAUAGAAAUAGAUGUGAAAACACGGAAGAGAAUGCUUAAGAAAGUUCGUGGAAAGGAAGUCUUUAUGACUGUGGCGUAUAGCAGAGGUCAGCCAGUUCUUCCACCUCGGCUACAGCACGGUAUUCCUUCGGGGCGCUCUCCUCCAGUUCACUGCUCACAGGGUGGUGGAAAUAUGGCAUCUUAUGAACACUAUCAUCCUCAGAAUCCUCCUCAGAGACAUAACCGUGGAUUUGGGAUGCCAAGGGGAUCUGCCCGAUAUAUAAACAGGCACAACAUGCUUGGCCCUCAAAUAGCAUUCUACCCCAGUCCAGGAAAGAGAUGCUAUCAGAGCUAUGACAAUUUCUCCUGCAGGUCCUGCUCAUACAGCCGUAGCCGCCGUCAGAUGCAGAGUGUGAAUAAGGAAUGUCAGUAUGGGUUCGUACCAGGGAGUGGAGAGGAGCCUCAAGGACCAGAAGAAACUAUAACCUUCUACGAAAUUGAAGGAGAGGAUGACAGUGCUUUCCCUGCUUUACCAAACCAGGGCAGCCCUGCUCCCAUUGUCCAAGGUCCAGCAGGAUUUUGGGUAACAAGGAGAGGCCCAAACUCUGUUCCACCUAACAAGCAGACCCUGAAUUCCUCAGAGGAGGAAGAAACAAGUGAAAAUGGGGAAUUUCAUGAAGAAUUUAUCUAUGCACCUCCAGAUCCCGACUGCGAAACUGCAACAGUAUUUAGUUCGGCAGAACCUACAGCAAACUUAUCCCUUCAGGAAGAAGUGCCAGUCUCUGUGUCACCUCAAGAUGGAGUGGAUUCCUACAGCUGUCCCCAGAAGGUGUUGGUGAACUCUGCAGCAAUCUCAGCCUCCACAGGUGUUUAUGCUGCUCCAGCUACAGGCUUCUCAAAUUCUGCUGCCUCCACUCCAGCCAGUGUCACAACAGCAGCUCCCCCACAAACAGCAGUUCAGCCAGUCAUAAUAUCUCCUGUUUCUAUAGGGAGGCCAGCAGUUUCUUCAGUGCCAUUCCCAAUUUAUUCAGCUCCUCUUCCUCCAGUCAGUGAUGUGGGAGAAGCUGGUGCCGCUCUUCCACCUUACUCUUGUGAUCCCAGUGGCAGUGAUCUGCCUCGAGAUACAAAGGUCUUGCGGUAUUAUUUUAAUCUGGGAUUGCAAUAUUACCAUCAGAACUACUGGCCUUCCAUGGUGUAUGUACAGCCAGUGCUGCCAUCAUCACCUGUGGAAGUUUAUCCAGCAUAUGCUGAGCCAGCUCCUGUCCUAGAUCAGUCAGUACCUCAGCUCUACACUGAUGCUGGGCGAACUGAAGUCCACCAGGUUCCCUUGGAAGCACCUGCAAAUGGUAACUUUCAAAAUGCAGAGCCUCCACCCCUGUCCUAUGGGCCAGUAUAUUACCCAGUGGUGUCGGACCCCUUCGGCCAGCAGUCUCUUCCUGGGUUUGAUUCUUUAGUACCUGCCUAUCGCUAUGUUAGUACCUGGCAUCCAGUAAAUCCACCCUACGGAAACUCUCCACAAAUUGCUAAUGCUGUAAGUGCCGGACCACUGCACCAAGUCAGCUAUAUUGCCUCACCUAACCCUGCACCUCAUGACAUGCCUCAAGGAAUGUAA